CCUCGAUGGACUGAUAAGUUAUUUUGUUGCCCUUAGAUAUUAUGUUAAAUUUAUUUAAAAUUUAUAAUAGCUAUUAUUUUUCUGUAGGUGUCGUUGGUGAAAGAACUAGUUAGGAGAGUGAGACUGAGAAUAUAGUUUUUCUUAAGUAAAAUAAAAAAGAUCAAUUCAAGUUUUUUAAUUAAAGAUUAACCAAUUAAUGCUACAUUAUUAUGGGUGGUGAAAGUCACGGACAAAGUGUUAAGAUACCAGACUGGAGAAUUUACAAGGUAGAAGAUGUCCCGCAAUUAAUGCAAGUACAGAAAGCUCUCUCUCAAUAUGGACUGAAUGAUCCCUGGCUUAGGAAUGAAGUUUGGAGGUUCAAUCCAGCUUUCGGCACUAAGUGGCAGCGGCUAAGAUUAGGUUUUUUUCGAGGCUUCAAGUGGGGGCUAGCAGCCUGUGCACUAACAAUUGUUGUUGAGAAAGCCUUAGGUAUUGAUUAUCACCAUCCUUUAGGUCAUGGAGAAGAAGGACAAAGUCACCACUAAUCAACAGAUUCUCUUGCCUUGAACUUAGUUGUAGAUAGCUAUUAUAGAACAUCUGUGUUUGACCUGUAUAACUUAACAACACAGUGUAAGGUUCAUCAUUUCUUUUAGUAGUGAUAAUAAAAACUAUCUCCAGAAGUUGAAGAAACA